AUGAAGGAGAAGUCCAAGAAUGCGGCCAAGACCAGGAGGGAGAAGGAAAAUGGCGAGUUCUACGAGCUGGCCAAGCUGCUCCCGCUGCCGUCGGCCAUCACCUCGCAGCUGGACAAAGCGUCCAUCAUCCGACUCACCACAAGCUAUCUAAAGAUGCGCGCCGUCUUCCCCGAAGGUCUAGGAGACGCGUGGGGCCAGCCCAGCCGUGCGGGACCCCUGGACAGCGUUGCCAAGGAGCUGGGAUCGCACUUGUUGCAGACUUUGGAUGGAUUUGUUUUCGUUGUCGCAUCCGAUGGCAAAAUCAUGUACAUCUCUGAAACGGCUUCUGUACACUUAGGCUUGUCCCAGGUGGAGCUCACAGGCAACAGUAUCUACGAGUACAUCCACCCCUCCGACCACGACGAGAUGACGGCUGUCCUCACGGCCCACCAGCCUCUCCACCAUCACCUGCUCCAAGAGUACGAGAUAGAGAGGUCGUUCUUCCUCCGGAUGAAGUGUGUCUUGGCAAAGAGGAACGCGGGCCUGACGUGCAGCGGAUACAAGGUCAUCCACUGCAGCGGCUACUUGAAGAUCAGACAGUACAUGCUGGACAUGACCCUGUAUGACUCCUGCUACCAGAUCGUGGGGCUGGUGGCUGUGGGCCAGUCGCUGCCGCCCAGUGCCAUCACCGAGAUCAAGCUGCACACUAACAUGUUCAUGUUCAGGGCCAGCCUCGACUUGAAGCUCAUCUUCCUGGAUUCCAGGGUCACCGAGCUGACCGGCUACGAGCCACAGGACCUCAUCGAAAAGACACUGUACCACCACGUGCAUGGCUGCGACGCCUUCCACCUGCGCUAUGCACACCACCUCCUGCUGGUGAAGGGCCAGGUGACCACCAAGUACUACCGGCUGCUCUCCAAGCUGGGCGGCUGGGUGUGGGUGCAGAGCUACGCCACGGUCGUGCACAACAGCCGCUCGUCGCGGCCCCACUGCAUCGUGAGUGUCAAUUAUGUCCUCACGGAUAUCGAAUACAAGGAACUCCAACUGUCCCUGGACCAGGUGUCCACAUCCAAGUCCCAGGACUCCUGGAGGACCGCCUUGUCUACCUCACAAGAAACUAGGAAAUUAGUGAAACCCAAAAACACGAAGAUGAAGACGAAGCUGAGAACAAACCCUUACCCUUCACAGCAGUACAGCCCAUUCCAAAUGGACAAACUGGAUUGCAGCCCCCUUGGAAGCUGGCGAGUCAGCCCCCCGGCCGGCACCGCGGCUGCCCCGGAUCAGCAGCUGCAUUCGGAAAGCAAUGAGCUGCUGUACGCGCCCUCCUACAGCCUGCCCUUCUCCUACCGCUACGGCCCCUUCCCCCUGGACUCACACGUCUUCAGUGGCAAGCAGCCCAUGCUGCCAGCCAAGUUCGGCCAGCCCCAGGGAGCCCCAUGUGAGGUGGCACGCUUCUUCCUGAGCGCACUGCCAGCCGGCGGCGAGUGCCAGUGGCAUUACGCCAACCCCCUUGUGCCUGGCAGCCCAUCUCCAGCCAAGGGACUCUCGGAGCCACCCAUGAACACCACCCGGCACAGCCUAGUGCCAAGCUACGAAGCGCCCGCCACCGCCACCGCGCGCAGGUUCGCGGAGGACACCGCGCCGCCGCUGCCGCCGCUGCCCCCGCCGCCGCCGCCCAGCUUCCCGAGCUGCGGGCACUACCGCGAGGAGCCCGGGCUGGGCCCGGCCAAGGUCGCCCGCCAGGCCGCCGCGGCCCGUGACGGCGCCCGGGGGCUGCGUGCGCCCGAGUGCUGUGCGCCCUCGGUCCCCGAGCCCCCGGGCGCGCCGGCGCAGCUGCCCCUGGUGCUGCUCAACUACCACCGCGUGCUGGCGCGGCGCGGGCCGUUGGGGAGCGCCGCGGACCCCGUGCCCGGCCCGGCUGGCGGCCCCGACACCGAGGCGGGGACGGCGGGGACAGCAAGCGGGCUGCGGCCUCGGCUCCCCAGCCCCGCCGGCCCGCCGCCCGGCGCGCCCCGGCCGCACUACCUGGGCGCCUCGGUGAUCAUCACCAACGGCAGGUGA